AAAACUAUGCCAAUCCAGCCAGAUGUUCUGUUGAAAGCACUCCACAAAGUAGGAGCAAACAGAUGGAUGCGAAGGAAGUUUUAUGAAUCUAGUAUGCUCUGGUGUAUAGGAAAAGUGUUCCUAAAUCUAAACGAAGACGGGGAGUACCAGGUACCAUUGGGAAUACCUCAGCCAUUUGGGAGUUUCGUCGAAGGGACAACGACCUAUGGAUUGAGAUCCGACAGUGAUGAAAUUAUAGUUGAACUGAAUGACGUUAUAGAAGAAGGAUUUGAAGUAACGCAUGCGGAAAACGUGAAAACAAUUGUCUUGGUAACGGACAUGUUUACACCGCCUGGUUUUGUGAAACUGAAAGUAGAGGGGGUAGAAGGAGGUAGAUAUAAGGCCUUUACACUCGAGAAAGAUGCAAAUGGAAACUACCUUUUGUCCAGUGUUUACGUGGAUGACUAUCAACAACUCAUGGUAAACUUUCUAGACACAGAGUAUCCGACACAUAUGGAAAGAAAUGGACCUGCUUUGACUUACUUAACCGGCCAUGAAAAUAAACAUAUUCAAUCAAUAGAUGCUAUUAAAGCAUUUCAUUGUAAGACAGGUUUAUCUUUUAACCAGGAAUUUUUCAACCGUAAAAGGUACUACGGGUGGCCGAGACAGUCGGACUUGGAAAAGAUGAAAGGCCAGGGAUGUCUACUAGUGCCUACAGGCCAUGGCGGCUGCGACAGAAAACAUCGCAUUCUCCAGUGGAGAAUUUCAUUCUCUUUUCAGGAACGACAUAUCAUGUUUAACCUCAAUGAUGUACAAUACAAGUGCUAUAUGCUAUUAAAACUGGUGAAAAAGUCACACAUCUCACCAGUCGUAGGUUUGACAUCCUAUCACUGUAAAACAGCUUUGCUUUACACGAUUGAAAACACGGCUAGUCAUACUUGGAGCGAAGGAAAUUUGCUAAAUUGUUUCAUUCUGUGCUUAAAGAGAUUGAGGAAGUGGUCGAGGAACCGUUUCUGUCCGAAUUACUUUCUCCCAGAACUGAAUUUAUUUACUUGGAAAAUAGAUAACCAGGGAAUGCUUCGGUUGACGCGAAUUCUAUCAAGCAUCAUCAAAAGUCCAUUUGAGUACCUGCAGAAAAUACCAACUGACAAUUUUGGAAAGUUAGUUCACCUGUAUGCAGCCGAGGCUACAGAUGAUGGGAAGGUCGAAGAAGAAGUGGAAAUAAAUGUGGCAAAUAUGUUGCACAUUUUGCUUAUUAAUAUAACAGAGUCAUUAUUUAAGAUCAGAAAUAUCGUUCUGCAAAAGAUAUCAUACAAAUGCACAGACUUGGAAGAGAUUAUUCGAAGACAUCUAAAGUGGUUACACACCAUCAAAUCGUUUCAUGAAAAGAAUGCAGUUGGAGAGUAUCAACUCGAUCGUGUGAAGUGGGCUCUUCCGCAUGUCUGUAGAUUUUUGCAUACAAGUCUGGCAAGUCAUUUGGCAAUAAAAGCUUUGGAGACAAAAGAAAUGCUGAACGGGAAAGAGGAAGAAACUGUGGAGACUGAACAAGAAGGUAUGGAUACAGAUGAGAUAAUGACUAUAGAGGCAGACAAUGUAGCUAUGAAGAUAGAAGAAAUAGAGUUGGGGACAGGGAAAAUGUUUACGAAAACAGAAGAAAGAGAUGUGGAGAGAGAGAAAUCAGUCACGAAGAAGGCAAUGAAAAUAGAUACGGAGAGAGAGGAAACAUUGAUAUGUUGGCUGACACUAAAUGCCUCUUACCAUUUCUUGAUGGGACUUGACUCUGAUGCAAUGUCCAGCAAAAUGAAACUCGCAACCGUUUUGUUGUAUACCGGACAUCUUGAUAUAGAAACAUUUAAAUCAAACUAUUUUCCAACUGUGAAUACACAAUCACUGUGUGAAUGCACGGCAAACGUUAUAGGAAACCCGAUCAGAGAAAAUGAUUAUGUUCCGUUCAUAAAUAUGUUCAAGUUGUCUCCCAUGGAAACUCUAAAAAUGAGUACAUCGAAAUACAUCGAGAAAUAUGUAUCCGCUUGUACAAUUUUCUUACCCACCGAGUCCAAAAUAACAUUCUAUCCGCUACAGUUUGAAAUGCAUCGAGCUUUUGGCUCAUCUAUAACCGUUUAUGACGACUUCAUACAACACAAAUUCAAAAAGAGCAAUAGUGAAUUCGACAACUGUGCUACUUUGGAUUCAAAAAUUUACGGAAUCUUACUGACAGUACUCCUCUCGGACAAUAAUGAGGAGAGGGAACGGAACAUCCGGUUGUUACAAAAGUCUAGCGUACAGGACUCGUUAGCUCACUGGGAAACCACAUUGAAUCUUUCAGGUUGGUUUGCAAGCGCGGAGAAGAUGAACGAUAUAUCGUUAUAUUGGUAUGCUCUAUCGUGGCUUUAUUACAUCGUACAGCAAGAGUUCAGGAUACCUCCGAUGCCGGUCAAUGACAAAAAUGCUGCAAAAUGGCACCUAGCUCUGCUUCUCUUUCGAGCAUGGACUCAUCGGGCAACAUGGACAAAAAGUGUUGAUUAAACUGAUUUAUGGCGUAGGUUUUUGUUCCGGGUUUGGGCAAAUUGAGAUCGUGGUGUUUUCGCUGUCUCAAAUAUGGUUAAACCGGGAAUAUGCAACGUGUACGUUGAACUUGGCUGUAUUACUUUUCCAAAUAUUGAUAAAUCGAGCAACGGCGAGAAACCUACAUCUUUGAUUAAAUAACACUGAUCUGGCCCCGUGCUCCAGAUGAGACUGUCCAUCAAUACUGAACAGCCACAUGAAAAUAGUUAAUAACUUAAAAUUUAGUUUUGAACAUACUAUUUAGAUAUAAAUGACAAAUAAAAUUUCAUUAUCAAACUCAGCUGAGACUGAAAAUGUUUUGUGAACACGAGGCCUGGCGUCAUCAUAGACAAAUCAAGACCACUUAAGGACGUUGAUUAAUUAAUAACAGUUGCUUAUAUUGAUGUUUCGAGCAUAGUUUUACAGCAACGUGAUACGAUGGAAAGUGCAGGCAGAAAUAUGCUGCAUAGUAUAGAUUGUCACCGGCUCUUUCAAUAGCCAACAGCCUGGCAGAGAAGCACGAAGUGAAAAAGUGAGAACCAGAUUCCUGGCUUUACUGCAGACUAUUACAUAGUGACGCCGAGAACCAUCAUGAAGCAACGCACGUGACGUAAUUUGCGGAAACGUCAAAGUAAUAUCAGUUUAUUUUUCAUUUCUGAUUUGUUUAAAUGCCUUAAGGGAAAAAUUUAAAAAACAUCAAAAUUGACAAUAUUAAAUCUUAAAAGCAAAUGAUGUAACGACAUUAAUAGUGCGUGUUGUCAUGUAUGAUUUACAACAUGCAGUCCGUCUA